AUGUUAUAUCUUACGGUUGUAGAACCGAUUACCAAAGGAAUUGCAUUAUAUUCUUAUGGAAAUGCAAUGUGGUGGGUUUAUAAACACAAAAACGAACUCUUCUUAUUUGUGAACGGCACAGAAGCGUCUGACAUUACAUUUGAUUUUUCACAAGACUUUAAUGAUAUCGACAUAUACUAUAAUACACCAAAAUAUGCAGCGACUGGUUAUUUCAAACAAAUAUCAUUAAACAAUAACAGUAAUGUAAAAUAUUAUAGUAUAUGUUCAAAAAACAAUGGAAGAAUUCAAAGAUAUGUCUUCACUACACAAACUAUUGAAUAUCAAGAUUGUACUUGUUCUUCUGUUGAUAAUAACAUUAACAUCAAUUUCCAAACGAAAUUUAAUUAUCCG